GGCUCUCGUUCUCGAAUGCAGCUAUACACGGUCUCUCCUCUUUGCUUUCAGAGGAAGGCCUUGGGCGGGUUGUGCCGCGCCGUUUCUGCUGUGCCUGUUGCCUCUAUGUGACGUGGUGCUGCAAUGGAGGCCCUGCUGCUGAGCGACCUGCCAGCCCCUGGCAUCACACUGUCGCGCCUGGCAUCGCUGGUCAAUGACAGCCAUGCCCAGGGGGCACAGGCGGAGGUGCGACUGAAGAAGGCAAAGAAGAAACACGCCCAGCCAGCAGACAGCCCCGCCGGGGGUGGAGGGUUAGACUCUGGUCGUGUGGGUGAGAAUGCAGAAUCAGGGAACACCAUGGCAGGACCCACGACAGUGCUUGGCGCAGACUCUUCUGACGAGCAGCAGGAUGAUCGGAGAUCACCACCGUUUGAGAUCACGUUGAAUCCUAGGGAGCACAAGGCUGAAGGUGGCGGUGUGAAAACCUGUGACGCGGUGGGCUCCCCCCCCGCUCCCGCCAAGGCAGCCCCCAAGUCUAGGGUUAGCUUCCGGCCCAAGGAGGAGAAGCCCGCCUGGGACGGCCGCAAGAGCAAGCCACAGCAAAACAAGGCAGAGCCAGAGCAGGCCACGGGCAGCCCCGAAAGUAGCCCCCCCAGAAUUAGGGUUCCGCAGGGCUCUAAGGUGUCCCAGAAGGCUGGCGGCCCCAAUGGUGCAGCCGGUGCGGCGCCAACAAGUGCACGCCCCGAGAUGGACACAGGAACCAGCGCGAAGGCCAAGGCACGGAAGGCAUCUUUGGCCGGACGGGCAUCGUUGAGCGGCGUGUUUGGGGCGCUGUCGGCGAGCGCGGUGCAGCUGGGCGGGGUGCAGCGCGCGGCGCACAAGAUGGACGCAGCAGAGAUGCGGCGCCUGGAGGACAUGCUGGCCAAGGUCAGGGAGGCUGUGGAGGCGGAGCGCCAGGCGAUGGCUGCGGAGCGCGCGGCGUCGGAGGCGUCGUGCGCGGGCGUGCUGGAGCGCGCGGCGCACUCGUGGCUGCGCAUCUGGCAGGUGCAGCGCGUGUACGCGGGGUCCAAGGAGGCGGCGCUGCUGGGCCUGCCCUGGCGCGGCCACCUCAGCUUCCCGUUCCUGCACUGGAAGAAGACCGCGCAGCAAAAGGCGCAGCGCCGUCGCCAGCGCCGCAAAGCGGACCUCGAGUACAAGCGGACGCUCUUCAAGCGCUGGCGCCAGGCCGGCCAGCUGUCAGCGGGGAUGGCUGCGAGUGUGUCUGCUUUUGAGCGGCGGCGGUGGCGGAGCCAGCAGCGGGGCACGCUGCGCUCGUGGAGGGCGCUGAUCGACGACCGCAAGACCGCGCACUCGCGGCUGCGGCAGUGCGUCCAGAGGUGGCAGGCCGGCCGGCUGCACCAGGCGUGGCAGCGGUGGCGCGAGGGCGUGGAGGUGCAGCAGAGCAAGAAGGCACGCCUGGCGCGCGCACGCCGGCACGUGCAGGGCAUCCUGGUGCGCGCGGCUUUCUCGGAGUGGCGGGGCCUGGUGUGCGUGAGCGCGCACGCGCGCGAGGUGAUGCGCAACAGCAGCGAGCGGCUGCAGCAGCGCGGCCUGCUGCGCGCCUUCCGCGGCUGGCGCGAGGCCGUGGCCGAGGUGCAGCGCCAGCGCGCCAUCAUGCAGCGCGCCGCAGGCCACAUCAUGCACUCCGCGCUCGCGCAGGCCUUUUCUGCAUGGGUAGCCAAGACGCAGCUGCAGCAGGCGGUGCGCCGCUUCGCCGCUCUGCUGCGCAACCGGGUGCAGCUGUCGGCAUUCAACACGUGGCGGUCCGCCGUGCACGAGGGCCGCCAGAUGGAGCAGGACCUGCACCAGGUGUUCGCGCACCGGCGUGAGGCGUUUGCGGGCGAGAUGCUGUCUCGGUGGCGCGCGUGGCGCAGCGGCGGCGUGGCCCCUGAGGGCGGGUCGGCGGGCGCGCUGCGGUGGGCGUUCCGGAAGUGGCGCGCGCGGCUGGGCGAGAAGCGGCAGCUGCGGCAGCACGCGCGCCGGCUCGCGAAGCAGCGCACGUUCCGCCAGUGGGCCGCGCACACGCGCUGGGCCAAGAACCUGCAGGCCACCACGCUGCAGCGGCGCGCCUUCGACAGGUGGAAUACGUGGACGAGCGUGCGCAUGCGCGGCAAGAGUCUGGCGACCUUGGAGGCUGCGCUGGCGAGUAGCGAGCAGCGGAGCCGCGAUCUGCGCGCGCAGCUGCAGGCGAUGCAGGACGAGCGGGACGCCGCCAACCAGCGCGGCGCGGACUUGGUGGCUGCCGUGCGCAGCCUAGACUGGAAGCUCCAGUCGGCGGCCAAGGGGCAGGGGGCGUCCCCCCCGCGGUCGCCCCGGGUGCACCCGCCAGCACCGACGAGUCAGGGCAAACCAGAUCCCCGAGCCAGAGGCGUUAUGUCCCGACCAAACGAGCGAGUACUUGAGGUCUGAGCUAGACCGAGCCGCCCUGCUGAAACUGAUUGAUAACUUAUGUGUGGCAAACUGAAUUUGCCACCUGAUUAUGUAAAAACAACAUCUAGGAUCUUUGACCGGACCAUAGUCGAGAGUGCUAAUGGUCCUAGCUAAGUUCACACGAAGGCUCUGAGGCAUGCAAGUCACGGUGCUGGACAUGACAAGCUGCUCAGCCGCGGCUGACCGCCGCUCAGCUGCAGCUCAUGGAGCGAUUGAGAUGCACAC